AUGACCAAGCUCCUUGAAAACAGAAACGCAAUUGUGACAGGUGCUUCUCGUGGCAUCGGUGCUGGAAUUGCAUACGCUUUAGCUAAAAAUGGUGCCAAUGUUAUCAUCACCUAUGUAGCUUCUGCUAGCAAGGCCGAAGAUCUAGCCAAGAAGAUCAAAGCCGAAUUUGGUGUUGAGGCGUACGCCAUCAAGUCUGACGCCAGCCAAUACGAUGCUGCCGAGAAACUGGUCGCAGAAGCGACAAAGCUCUGGAAGAACAUUGAUAUUAUCGUCAAUAAUGCAGGCAUUGAUAACGAAUGUUUGCUUGAUGACCUUACAGUUGAAGGAUUCCACAAAGUUUUGCAGUGUUUUUGGCAGGACUUCGAACUCAUAUAA